AUGAACCCCCAACUAGCAGGGAUCAUCCUGCUGGGCACCUUGCUGGGAGUUGCCUUUGGAAACCGAAUGCGGUGCUUUGACUGUGGAAGCCCCGGAAGCUCCUGUAAAGAUUCAGUAAGGACCUGUGGCGAGGGUGAACGCUGUGGCUUUCUGGAACGCAGACCUCAUCCCGGCUCUGAACAGAUGAAGGUUUCUGGGAACCCCUCAGUGACCGUGAUUCAUCAUCGUCCAGCUUGUGUGGCAGCCCAUCAUUGCAAUCAAGUGGAAACAGAGCUGGUGGGAGACGUGACUUACACCACCCAUAAGGACUGCUGCCUCGGGGACCUGUGUAACCACGCCAUGGCAAACACUGCAGUCCCAGCAUCCAUCUGGGCUGCAGCAGCCACCGCCCUAGCCUGGCUCUUACCAGGGCUAUGGAGAGGGUAG